GAUGCUGAAAUAAUGAUGAUGAUAAAACGUGUUCGCUAAUAAGAUAAGCGCAAGCAAGAUAACUUGUCUACGCAAUUUCUUCAGGAUUCCACUGAAAUGGAGAGCAAAAGCACCAUAACGAGCCGCCUUCAGGAUGUAAAACGCAAGAGUGGCAAGUCCUACAAUCAGUUAGCAGGGGAGACUGGACUCACCAAUGUCUAUGUUGCCCAACUUCUCAGGCGUCAAGCUCAGCUCAAGCCUGAGACUGCCCCUAAAUUGCGGGCAGCGUUGCCUGACCUGCCCGAUCAACUUGUGCAUGAGAUGAUGAAAGCCCCCAUGAGGUCUUUUGAACCUAAUCUUAUCCAAGAACCCACUAUCUAUAGGUUGAACGAAGCUGUUAUGCAUUUUGGGGAAAGCAUCAAGGAAAUCAUCAAUGAGGAGUUUGGUGAUGGGAUUAUGUCAGCUAUAGACUUCUACUGCUCGGUUGAUAAAGUUAAAGGAGUUGAUGGGAAGGAUCGUGUGGUGGUAACAUUUGAUGGGAAAUAUUUGCCAUACACUGAGCAGGUGGCUAGAGGCAGUUAGAUUUGCUUGUCUGAGAUAACAAGGGCAGUGACCUGGCAAGAGUUUAAUUCCUUAAAAUAGAGGGAGUGCUGCUAUGCAGCUGGAGAGGCAAGUGUAGCAGCAGGAUUUUCUGUCUUCCUGGUGCCAGGGUUGGGUCCAGGGGCCUAAUUCUUGCAUUUUGGUCUUUGCUCUUAUCCCUUUUGUUGGGGUAAAUGCGCUGGACACUUUCCCAUACCAGGCGGGAUUGUCAUAGGAACCUGUUGAAGAGCCCAUAGUCCAUAAAAUACAACAACAAGAAGAAGAAGCUUUAUCCUACUUAGUGGGAAAGCGACAUCAUAGAGUGCACAACUAUAUAGAUUGUGAACAUAUUAUCAUAAUUUAAAGUACAAUGACGUCGACUAUAUAGAUUGUAUGACAAUAUGACAUUAUUGUAUUUUAUUGACAACCAACUCUUGAAAUAUAUUAUUUAAUUUUAAGAGUUGGUUAUUAAUAACAAGGAGUUGAGUAGUCUAGAAUAUAAAACAUUA